UCUUUAUUCUCAUUCUUACAGGUAAAAUCAGGCAGCUGCAUUGGUGCCCACCCAACAAACAGUGACAAGUGGGAAGGAUGGCGAUGGACAAUGCCACAGGAGUGAUUGAGUUUCUCCUUAUUGGCAUCUCCAACUAUCCUGAAUGGAGAGUCACGUUUUUUAUAUUGAUGCUGAUAACUUACCUCAGCACCUUGGUUGGGAAUGGACUUAUCAUCUUUCUUAUCCACUUUGACCCCCACCUCCACACUCCAAUGUAUUUCUUCCUUAGUAAUUUGUCUUUCUUAGACCUUUGCUAUGGAACAGUUUCCAUGCCCCAGGCUUUGGUGCAUUGCUUUUCUACCCAUCCCUACCUCUCUUACCCAAGAUGUUUGACCCAAAUAAGUGUCUCUUUGGUCUUGGCCACAGAAGAGUGUCUCCUACUGGCUGUCAUGGCCUACGACCGUGUGGUUGCUAUCAGUAAUCCCCUGCGCUAUUCUGUGGUCAUGAAUGGUCCUGUGUGUGCCUGGCUGGCUGCUGCCUCAUGGGGGGCAUCACUAACGCUCACUGCCAUGCUCAUCUUAUUCUUACAGCUUCACUUCUGUGGGGCUAAUGUCCUCAACCAUUUUGUCUGUGAGAUUCUCUCCCUCCUGAAGCUGGCCUGUUCUGAUACCAGCCUCAAUGAGCUCAUGGUCCUCACCACUGGUAUCUUCACCCUGGUUUUACCCUUUGCAUUUGUUCUUCUCUCCUAUGUACAAAUUGCUGCAGCUGUCCUGAGGAUUCGCUCAGCCCAAGGCAGGUUCAAGGCCUUUUCCACCUGUGGGUCUCACUUGACUGUGGUGACAAUCUUCUAUGGGGCAGCCAUCUCCAUGUAUAUGAAACCUCAGUCCAAGUCCUCCCCAGACCAGGACAAGUUUAUCUCGGUGUUUUAUGGGGCUUUGACACCCAUGUUGAACCCCUUGAUAUACAGCCUAAGAAACAAGGAUGUUAAAGGGGCAAUGAAGAAAGUGAUGGCAAAAAGGGCAUAGGUCUCCUUUGCAUCUAAAAUUCU